AUGGCACAACGAGAACCUUGCCCAGAAAGAUUCUUUGACGAUCUUGGAGGAGCCUUUGCAAUGGGCGGAGUUGGAGGGGCGAUUUUUUAUUUCUUAAAAGGCUUCUACAAUGCUCCAUCCAGAGAGAGAUUUAAAGGUGCAAUGACCGCAGUAAAGCUUCGAGCACCCAUACUCGGAGGUAGUUUUGCUUUAUGGGGAGGCCUGUUCUCGACUUUUGACUGUUUUUUAUUAUGGUACCGUCAGAGUGACGAUCCUAUUAAUGCAAUUGUUUCAGGGUUCGCAACUGGUGGAAUUCUUGCCCUUCGUUCAGGAUUUUCAAUAGCAUGGCGAAAUGCAGUCGCAGGUGGAGUAAUUUUGGGCAUUAUUGAAGGUGUCAACCUCGCAUACACAAGCAUGAUGGUUAAGCAAGGCAUGUUGAUGAUGCAGGAAAUGCAAAAAAUGCAGGUGGAAAGACAAAAGAGGAUCAUGAAAGGCCUGCCUGAUUUCACACCAGAAGAAAUAGAAGAAAAGAUGCGGCAGACUCAGAGCAAAGGGGGACUGAGUGCAAUGUUCAGUAGAGGAUAA